AAACGCAGGGGUUUACUGUGCACGUUGGGGCUGCUUCCUGCCAGCCCUGCUUUCAUUCCGUCUCUCCCACUAUCCCUCCCACCCCCAGUCAUUCACUUACCAGCAAAUGAGAUCGGAGAUAUUUAUUGACCAGUGGGUCUUGUGACGAGUGUAACUGUCGUAGCUUGUGUGUGUGUGUGUGUGUGUGUGUGUGUGUGUGUGUGUGUGUGUGCGGGCAAGGUUGAAAGGCUCGUGGAGAUUCUCUGUCCUUCCAACUAGUCUAGUCUCUCAAGGGGAAAGGUUGCCGUGCAGGGAUCGUCCGUUGAAACGUGGCUGCCAGAGAGGACUUGAGAGUUUCCAGAGGUGUCGUUUGCUAUGGCCCCGGAUCAGGAAAAGCAGGAGGAAGCAGAUGAAGCUGCAGAAAGCCAAGGUGGUGCCAAUAAAAUCCACACUGGGUAUAGCACCAUGACACCGCCUGAAUCUCCAGACCCUUUAGACCAGAGCUAUCAGACCUACCUGGAUGAGAAGGUGCCAAUACCAGACGAUAACUCGGCCUGGUUUAGCUUUCGGAAACUCUGGGCGUUUACGGGACCCGGGUUUCUUAUGAGCAUCGCCUAUCUGGACCCUGGGAACAUCGAGUCCGACCUGCAGUCUGGAGCUGUAGCAGGGUUUAAGUUGCUCUGGGUGUUGUUGUCAGCUACCAUCAUAGGGCUUCUGUUACAGCGGCUGGCUGCCCGAUUAGGAGUGGUAACUGGCAUGCACCUUGCUGAGAUCUGCCACAAACAGUACCCCAAGUUCCCUCGAAUAAUCCUGUGGCUGAUGGUGGAGUUGGCAAUCAUUGGAUCGGACAUGCAGGAAGUGAUCGGUUCAGCCAUAGCCUUUAACCUUUUGUCUGCGGGCAGGAUUCCCCUGUGGGCUGGCGUCUUAAUAACUAUUGUAGACACCUUUGUGUUCCUAUUUAUGGAUAAAUAUGGUUUAAGAAGGCUGGAAGCUUUUUUUGGGUUCCUUAUCACAGUUAUGGCCUUCACGUUCGGAUACGAGUACGUGACUGUGAGGCCUGACCAGGGAGCGUUGCUGAAGGGGAUGUUUGUGCCCUAUUGUCAGGGCUGUGGGCCACCCCAGUUGGAGCAGGCUGUUGGUAUUGUGGGAGCUGUUAUCAUGCCACACAACAUCUACCUCCACUCUGCCCUCGUCAAGUCUAGGGACGUGAACCGAGCGAACAGGAAUGCAGUCAAGGAAGCCAAUCGCUAUUUCUUCAUCGAAACCUGCAUCGCUCUCUUUAUAUCGUUCCUCAUCAAUGUCUUUGUGGUCGCUGUGUUUGCCGAAGCUUUCUAUAAGAAGACAAACAACGAAGUGAGGGAUAUGUGUUCGAACAACAGCAGCCCACACUCGAGUCUGUUCCCUGCUAACAACGAAACCAUGGAUGUUAACAUUUAUAAAGGGGGGGUUGUAUUGGGUUGUUUCUUCGGUCCGGCCGCCCUCUAUAUCUGGGCCAUUGGAAUCCUGGCUGCGGGGCAGAGUUCUACCAUGACAGGGACUUACUCCGGGCAGUUUGUCAUGGAGGGUUUCCUGAACCUGACCUGGUCCCGUUUUGCCCGUGUGAUCUUCACUCGAUCGAUCGCCAUCACCCCAACGUUGCUGGUGGCGGUGUUCCAGGAUGUGGACCAUCUGACGGGGAUGAAUGAUUUCCUGAACGUGCUACAGAGCAUGCAGCUCCCGUUUGCUUUGAUUCCAAUAUUAACCUUCACCAGUAUGAGGUCGGUCAUGCACGAUUUCGCUAACGCUCUAGGCUGGAAGAUUGCAGGUGGAGUUAUCGUUCUAAUUGUGUGCGCCAUUAACAUGUACUUUGUGGUGGUCUAUGUCUCGAGCCUGCACUACGUGUCACUUUAUGUGUUGGCAGCCUUCAUCUCGUUCGCGUACUUGUCUUUCGUAAUUUACUUGACGUGGGACUGCCUGGUUGCACUCGGAUGCCCCUUUCCGACCUUCGGACUCAUGGCUCGUUCGGGCACGCCAAUGGAACUCUCGUUGCUGAAUGACGUGGAUGAGCCUGUUACCUCCUCGCGAUGAUGUCAAGGCGAUCUGCCUGGUUGGUGCGGCGUGAGAACUGGGACACUUGCCCUUGUUAUGCUGCAGACACUGUGUAAAACACCAGCUUAGAUCGAGGAGAAACCCCGUUCCCUUACCUCACCCUCGCCAUAGCUGCCGUAAAGCAACGUCGCAAAACCCGUUGGAUUCACUGCUCUGACACACCGUGACUUGCAGCGAGAGAGAGGGGACAGAACUUUUUUGAGCAGGUGGGGAAAGGUCCAAAUGGCGGUGGUAAGUUGAGAAGGGACUUGGGGUUGUUCCCCCCACAAUUCUCCAGGUUUCCAACCUUCUCCGUUCUGUCGUCUUGUUUUUUUUUAAUAACAGCAACAAUAAUAAUCCUCGC